AAAAUUAGGUUAAAAUUGAUUCAGUCGUCGGGUGGAAUCAAUGGCAACGCGAACGCUAUGUUCAAGAGCUAAUCGAAUCCAGACGCAGCUCCAAACGGCGUUGCAAGCCACCGUUUUAGAGGUCGAGGACGUCUCCUACCAGCACGCCGGUCACGCCGCCGUCAGAGCCAUGGAAGGCGGCGUUGCUAAUGAGACGCAUUUCAAUGUUAAGAUCGUGUCUCCAAAAUUCGAAGGUCUGAACCUUGUGAGGCGACACCGUAUGGUUUACGAACUCCUAUCCGGCGAGCUCCAGUCCGGUUUGCACGCUCUCUCCAUCACCGCCAAGACCCCCGCAGAAGCCGCGAAUUGCGCUACCUGAAUCACCAUCAAGGUAACUGUACUUACUAAUUCCGUCCAAAUUCCUUUCUACUUGAUGAAAGUUUCUUGAAUUUUCUGUGGAAUUUGUGCAAAUCCGAUUGCUCUUUUACGAUCUGACUCAGUGAUAGGGAAGGAUUUGACUGAAUUUGAUACGAAUUAUAAUUGCCUUUGAAUUCGAUUUCCGUUUUGUUCAAAGAAGUAUUUAUAGUUUGAACCAACCAUUUUUGUUGAAUAAUAUAUAUAAUGUUUAGAAUACUCUGUCUUGCAUUAGCAGAAGUGAAAUUGGGAAGAACUAUUGGAUUUCCUUCCUGCUAGUAUUUGCUUAUUCGAGAAACAUCAUGUUGUUCUUUA